CUACCAGGGAAAGGGAGGGUCACCAGACCAUAAUUUUCUGCUUCCAGACCUCAUUAACUGGUCUCAGCGUCAAGAAGUGCACUUCCCAGCCCUCCUUCGGCUCACAGCACUGCUUCCCCCCAACCCAGGAGAUGGUCAAGGAGGAGCAUGAAGUGGCUGUGCUGGGGGUGCCCCACGAUUCUCCACCCAUGACGUCCACCGUGAUCAACAUCCGCAGCGACACCGCCGUGCCAGACCACGUCGUCUGGUCCCUCUUCAACACGCUCUUCAUGAACUGCUGCUGCCUGGGCUUCGUGGCCUUCGCCUACUCCGUGAAGUCUAGGGACCGGAAGAUGGUGGGCGACGUGACCGGGGCCCAGAGCUAUGCGUCCACUGCCAAGUGCCUGAAUGUCAUUGCCCUGGUCGUCAGCCUCCUACUGACCAUCGGGUUCAUCAUUCUUUUAGCCACUGGUGCGGUGGUGAGCCUCCAAGCCAUUUCACAGAUGUUGCAGAACCAUGGGGGCUACUAGUCGCUGCAGCCGGAGCCCUCCGGCCCCCCACCGCUGGCCCUGCAUGCUGCCCCACCCCCUUUUACAGCAGUUUUCACAUUUGUAUCUGUCUAUAAAUGAAUCCAAUAAAGUGCCUGUGUAUGCAACAGUGCCGUGACAUUGCCUGGGGAGGGGGCCCUGCCCUGAGUCUCCAGUCUGGUCCUGAGCCUGAGCUGAGGGGGUCGCCCCACCUUGUCCCACCACCAACCAGGCUGGGCUGAGAAAGCAGGGCACACCCUCAGGCUUGGCUGUUCUGGCCCCAGGUGGGGCUGUAGCUGGACUG